CCCCAUGGGAACCCCUCAGUCAUUCACACUGGAGCCUGACCCAUCCUGGAACGCCCUUCCACCCCAUGACGAGACUUUGUGGGUCUCUGCUGGAGCCACAAGAAGCCCUGGGAAGAUUCUAGCGUCAAGAAAACUUGGGGUAGUCAGCUUCCCUGGAACGGGGAUGACAGCCAUGGGCUGACCAGAAAGAGGAAGUACGGUCUGGCUGGUGCCUGUUGCCUUUCAGGGUGAGUGAGGGUACGUGGGCGAGCAAGGCCUCACCCCAGCUGUGCCUGAACACAGCCCUCAGUCCACUGCUGUCACCCCAGCUGCUUGCAACGAACACCCCGGCAGUCCAGUCCACGGAGAAGAGGGCUGAGAAAGUGUCUCUCCACAGUCCACAGAGGAGGGAAAUGAGAAAGCGUUCCUCCACAGUCCACGGAGGAGGGGAUGAGAAGACGUUCCUCCACAGUCCACAGAGGAGGGGAUGAGAAAGUGUUCCUCCACAGUCCACGGAGAAGGGGGCUUCCACAGCAAUGAGUUGGUGGAGGGACAAUUUCUGGAUCCUCUUGGCUGCGGCCAUUAUCGUUGUCUCCUUGGUCCUGGGUCUCAUCCUGUACUGUGUCUACAGGAGGCAGUUUAGACAAGGCAAGAAAUGGUCGAUUGCCAAGCCCUGGAAACCUAACGGGAGAGACGAAGAGAAGAUGUACGAGAAUGUUCUGAAUCCAUCACCAGGGCAGUUACCUGCUCUGCCACCCAGGGGUUCACCCUUUCUAGGAGACCCUGCCCCACAGGAAGUGCCAAGUCAACCACUAGCUUGGUACUCAUCAGUGAGGAAAGUUAGAAACAAGAAGGUCUUUUCCAUCUCAGGCUCCGAAAACGACUACGAUGAUGUUGAGAUCCCAGCAAGCGCUGAAAACCAGCAAUCUAAAACAACCACGCCUUCUUGGCAAGCUGAAAAGGACUUACAUAGCUCAUUUUAGAAUAACCUAGAAUGGUUGGACUGUAACACAAGCACUUCCCAAACCCUAGAGGAAGCCACCUACGUAGGAGCUACAGCAGAGACAGGACAGUUUGAUGUUCCCGAUGCUUCUGUUGUUCCCGAUGCUCCGCACGUCCUGAUGCUACGCACGUCCUGAUGCUCCAGAUGAUGUUCCUCGUGUUUCUGAUACUCCAGAAGCUCCGCCCUGAGACUCAGAGGUCUAGCCCUUGCACUUCUCUGGAGGCUGUUUCCUUAGUGUGGGCCACUGGGCCUGUGAACAUUGACUCAUUUUUCCACAUCCCUCUUUGUUCCCUUGGUAAACGUGGGUCUGAGGGAUCUUAAGUCUUGGUAUUUGAUUGUGUGGAACCUCCCUAUCUAGACCAUGGCUUGGAUGCCUGCCUCCCUCCUUCCAGGCCUCACCCACUCCUGCACCUCUUAGAGGCUGGGGCUCGUCAUUAUAGCUGAGGGUUCUUGAGGUACACAGGUCACCACACUCUGAGAGUCUGGAAGGAGAGGAAGUGUGUUUUGUUCUUGUGAAGCCACCCCACCUACUCACACUCCAACCCCCAGUACCUUUACAGAAUGUGGACUAAACUCAUCAAAGAGAGUCGAGUUCUUACAGAAUCUUAUUUCAUGUGCUUUUGAACAGUAUUUUUAACAGUCAACAAAGGACACAAGUGGCCUUCUGACUUCCGCCUCCAGCUCUGCUGGCGGUGCCAGGAAAAAAAGGCUUCCCCAAAGAGUCUUCAGACAGCACCAGGCGGAAGCAGCUCAUUCAAAAUAAGAGUUCAGAGCUUAGCAUCCUUUUCUGUAACUUUCAUUAUUACAUCUCUGAGUCUA